UUAAAGGGGAUGGUGCAUCUGUAAUCAGCCUGUCCUAUAGGGCUCCUUAGCGACCUUUUUGUGACCUCUUCUCCCAGCACACAAGGCUGCUGUCACUUUAAAAAUGUCCUGAGAGAGGAGCCAGUGUCUGUGCAUGGAGAUAGCCGGAGCCCUCUCCUCCUCUUUCUGGAUGGCCGCUCUCAUCCUCUUUAUAGAGACACUUCGUGACAUACAGAACUUCACACAGCUUAGAUUGAGGACUUAGAAGGGGGACUGUCCCAGGAGGAUCUGACUGAGAGAGAGCAGAGGAGCUGGGGCUCAGCAGCAGCAGCCUGGUACCUUGGGACAUUGCUACUCAGGAUAUCAUCCGAGGACAGGCAGGGGGAGUCACAGUGUGACAUCUCUGGCAGACAGCACAGGCUCCAUCUGCAAGGAGAUUCCAGGGAAAACUGCUGUCAUGUAACUGGCAUCCCAAGCUGGGAGAGACAUCCCUGGACAGGACAAGCUGGGAGAGACAUCCCUGGACAGGACAGGCUGGGAGAGACAUCCCUGGACAGGACAGGCUGGGAGAGACAUCCCUGGACAGGACAAGCUGGGAGAGACAUCCCUGGACAAGAUAAGCUGGGAGAGACAUCCCUGGACAGGACAGGCUGGGAGAGACAUCCCUGGACAAGAUAAGCUGGGAGAGACACCUCGGGUCAGGAGGGGACAGCUACUUCCAGCACCGCGACAGACAUAGUUGGCGACCUGGCAGCUCUCUGCUGUGCUGAUCGCGCUGGUGUCACCCGGCUGGCUGAUAGCAAAGUGAGAGGAAAGGGAGGUGUCCGAGGCCAGGAUCACACUCAGCUUUCUCAGAUGCACAGUACAGGUUGCUGUCAGGGACACUGCUUCUGAUGAAGAGGAGCCUGGGACCUUAGUCUGGAUCUGCUGUUGGCCUGCUGCUGCUGGGAGGGUGCCUGGGACUGUCUGCAGGAACUAGGGCUAUCCAGGUCUUAGAUGAACAUUGUAAUGUGAAAUUCUGCAUCGACGCCAGCCAAGCAGAUGUAGGCAACUGGUUGAAAUUUAUCAGGUUUGCUGGUUAUUACGAUCAGCACAAUUUGGUGGCAUAUCAGCUCCAUGAUCAGAUAUUCUACAGAGUUGUAGCUGACAUUGAGCCGGGCGAAGAGCUCUUAUUGUUCAUGAAGAGUGAAGAUUAUACCCAUGUAACAAUGGCUCCUGACAUCCAUGAGGAGUGUCAGUAUCGUUGUGAGGAGUGUGAUCAGCUGUUUGAGUCCAAGGCCGAGCUGAGUGACCAUCAGAAGUUUCCCUGUGGCACACCUCACUCAGCGUUCUCAAUGGUGGAGGACAACUUUCAGCAAAAUCUGAAUGAUGACAGCGACCUCAUUGAGAUGCAUCACUCCCAUGAGUGUAAAGAAUGUGAUCAGGUGUUUCCAGACAUGCAAAGCCUGGACAGACACUUACUGUCUCACACAGAGGAGAGAGAGUACAAAUGUGACCAGUGUCCUAAAGCCUUCAACUGGAAAUCCAACCUAAUCCGCCACCAAAUGUCACAUGAUACUGGAAAACACUAUGAGUGUGAGAACUGCUCCAAGCAGGUUUUCACGGAUCCUAGCAACCUCCAAAGGCACAUUCGGUCCCAACAUGUCGGAGCUCGGGCCCAUGCAUGUUCCGAGUGUGGCAAAACAUUUGCAACUUCAUCAGGUCUUAAACAACACAAGCACAUCCACAGCAGUGUGAAGCCAUUUGUAUGUGAAGUCUGCCAUAAAUCAUAUACUCAGUUUUCUAACCUGUGUCGACACAAGCGUAUGCACGCCGACUGCAGGACUCAGAUCAAAUGUAAAGACUGUGGACAAAUGUUCAGCACUACAUCUUCACUUAAUAAGCACAGGAGAUUUUGUGAGGGGAAGAAUCACUUUGCUGCUGGAGGAUUAUUUGGUCAAGGGAUUUCACUUCCUGGGACGCCAACCUUGGACAAGGCUUCUAUGAUCAAUAUGAACCAUGCAAGCACAGGGCUUGCAGAUUAUUUUGGUGCUAGCCGGCAUACUGCUGGUCUUACUUUUCCAACAGCUCCUGGAUUCUCUUUCAGCUUUCCUGGUCUGUUUCCCUCAGGUCUGUAUCAUAGGCCUCCUUUAAUGCCUGCCAGCUCACCUAUUAAAGGACUUCCAAAUGUUGAACAGAUGAGCAAGAGUCAGAAUCCUCAUAUGAAUAGACCACAGAUGUUACCAGCAACACAGGACAUUUUGAAAGCACUGAGUAAGCGCCCAUCAGUGGGUGAUACUAAAUCUGCGGAAUUUAUAGGUGAAAAUAAUACUAAUCAAAGGCCACAUGACAAAAUAAGUGACCAGUCAGAGAGCAGUGACCUUGAUGACAUCAGCACACCUAGCGGUAGUGACUUGGAAACAACUUCUGGUUCUGACCUUGAAAGUGACAUUGAAAGUGAUAAAGAAAAAAUGAAGGAAAAUGGUAAAAUAUAUAAGGAGAAAAUGAGCCCAUUGCAGAAUCUUGCUGCAUUAAACAGUAAAAGGGACUACAGUAAUUACACGGUUUUCUCCCCAUGCUUAGAGGAACAGACAGCUGUGUCUGGGGCAGUGAAUGAUUCCAUAAAAGCUAUUGCAUCCAUUGCUGAGAAGUACUUUGGUUCAACCGGACUUGUGGGUCUACCAGAUAAAAAAGGUGGAUCUUUACCUUACCCAUCUAUGUUUCCCCUACCUUUCUUCCCAACAUUUUCUCAAUCAAUGUAUCCAUUUCCCGAUAGAGACAUAAGACCUGUUCCUCUUAAAGUUGAACCCGAGUCCCCAAAAGAAAUAAAGAAAACACAAAAGGGGAAUUCAGAGUCUCCUUUUGAUCUUACAACGAAGCGCAAAGAGGAAAAGACUGUAGCAAUUGUGCCCACAAAGCCACUGAAUCCUACAUCUUCCACCCCUGACCAGCCACUGGACUUGAGUAUGGGCAGCAGGAGCCGAGCUGCUCCAACAAAACAGCCAGAUCAACCUAGAAAGAACCAUAUAUUUGGAGACAAAAAAGAUACUGAGAUAGAACAAACCAAACGAUCUGAACACUGUUUGCAGCAUGCCAGGCCUGCACCUUUCUUCAUGGAUCCCAUCUACAGUCCCAGAAUCACCUUUGAUAAUUUCAAUAUCUGCAAUCGCAGGGUAGAAAAGAGAAAACUAAUGGAUCCACUUGAGAUUCUAAAAGAAAAAUAUUUAAGGCCUUCUCCUGGAUUCUUAUUUCAUCCACAGUUCCCAUUGCCCGACCAGAGAACCUGGAUGUCAGCAAUAGAAAACAUGGCAGAAAAGUUGGAGAGUUUUAAUGCUCUUAAACCUGAAGCCAAUGAACUUAUUCAGUCUGUUCCUUCAAUGUUCAAUUUUCGAAGUUCACCAACAGCCCUUCCGGAAAGCAUUCUUCGAAAAGGCAAAGAGAGAUAUACCUGCAGGUACUGCGGAAAGAUCUUUCCAAGAUCGGCAAACUUAACUCGACAUUUGCGCACCCACACAGGAGAACAACCUUAUCGAUGCAAAUACUGUGACCGAUCCUUCAGUAUCUCUUCAAACCUGCAGCGGCAUGUCCGCAACAUUCACAACAAAGAAAAACCAUUUAAAUGUCACUUGUGUGAUAGAUGCUUUGGUCAGCAAACCAACCUGGAUAGACAUUUAAAGAAGCACGAGAAUGGCAAUAUAUCUGGUACGGCUGCAUCCUCCCCUCACUCGGAGUCAGAAGGCACAGGCGCCGUAUUAGAUGACAAAGAGGAUUCCUAUUUCACUGAAAUAAGAAAUUUCAUUGGGAAUAGUAGUCAUAGCAAGCAGUCGCCUUUACACUCAGAAGACAGGAUGAAUGGCAGCCAUGAUAAAAUUAUGCUGACAGGGCAGAAUUCAGACAUCCUAGAUGAGGAUGAGAUAGAGGAUGAUGCUAUCCUGGAUGAAGAUGAGGAAGAAAGUGACCUAGCUGGGAAACCAGUAAAGGAACCUAACUCAAGUCUGCUUGAAAAUGACAAUGAUUAUGAAGAAGCAAAUAAAGUUGAAUUAAAUUGCAAAGUCUCCCCCAGCAGUGGUUACGAUGAUGAAGAUUUCAAGAGUGGUCUGUCUGCUUUAGACCACAUACGGCACUUCACAGAUAGUCUCAAGAUGAGAAAAAUUGAUGAGAGUCAGUAUACUGAUGAUGAGCUUUCUGCUUUCACUGCCUCUCAUUUGCCAGAGGACUUAAAACAGCCACUAUAUAGGAAAAACAAAUCCCAGGCAUAUGCAAUGAUGCUGUCUCUGUCUGACCAGGAACCGCUCCAUACCACAACCCAUAAUUCUUCCAGCAUGUGGCACAACAUGGCAAGGGCAGCAGCGGAAUCCAACGCACUACACUCCAUUAGUCAUGUAUGACAUAUUGACGGCACCUCCAUGGGACCAAGUCCAAAACCUAGCAUGGCUCUUCCAUACUUGACUGUUUAGGGAAAUAAACUAUUUAGAGAAAAGACUGAAGAGCAGGAUGCCUUAUUACCUGCAGGGUCACCUCAAAGUCUGGUGACCUUAAAUGGAAUAAUUUUAAAAAAGAAACUAUUUAUUCUCAUUGUUUUGAUUUGCACAGCAUAGGCAGCUGCUGAUUUCCUGAGCAAAAAAUUGAAAGACAAACUAUGAAGACUAUGGACUUUGAUGGGCAAGUCUUCCAGCUCAAGAUGUGCUAUCUUGAUACAAAUACAAGCACUCAAAGAAAACAAAACAAAAAUAGAAUCAUUUUUUUAUACACACUGAUUUACUACAAGUGUGGUAGAAACAGUUGCUUCAAUAUAGACAAUUUCUAUAACACAAGCUUCAUGUAUUUAAAGUUUAAGCCCUUUGAAAGCAAAAGUAGUUAUUUACAAAUGUACAUUAUCACUUAAUGUAGAAAAUAACAGGGAAUAAUUUGUUCUUUCCUUAAUUACGUCUUAAUUGUUUUGUGGGGGAAAGAAAUUAUGUGUAUAUUGUGAAUUUUACAAUGUUCAGUAAGAGAGCUUAAGUCAUUUAAGGUCCUUUUUAAUCGCUGAUACCACUAAUAUAUCUUACAGUUAAUUUUUUUGCCAAAUCAAUGUGUUGACAUUUUAAUUUUAGACAAUCAUGUCAGUGUUUUGACUUUUUUAUUUUUUGCCCAUAUAAUUGUAUUUAUUUCUUUUUUUAUUGUCAAGUUACGAUAGCACUGUUACACUUCAUGUCAGAGGCACUCACACAUUUUGGUUGUGUCUGGAAACAGAUUUAUGUAUGUGUGUGCUGAUUGUUGUGUUUAUAUCUUUAGAGCACACCCUUUCUUCUAAGAUGAAAAUAAAUGCAAUUUUUUUUCUGUAAUUCAAUUUUGUGUUAACUUGUACAUACUGUUUUUAAUUUCUUUCAUGAAUGCAUGAUUCUUCUGAUUAAAAUUGUACCCGUUAUUUUAUGCUGAUUGUCUGCAAGCUUGUCUGUUGUUAUGUUACUGUUAAUCUUGUUUGUAAAAUGAAGUGUUACAAUCCUGUUUAAAACAAGAGUGUAUUUUGUUUUUUUGUUUGUUUUUAUUGUUUUUUUUUUGUUUGUUUUUUUCAUUUUCAGCGGACCAGAUUUUUUUA